AUGCAGCCAGAGAAGGACACUUCUUCAAAAGCCAAAAGGAUUUACCAGAUUUUAUUGCUAUGCUUCGGUUUCAACAGUUCAGGUGACGUGCUGGCGGUGAAUAUGACCAUCCCUAACACUCUGAUUCGAGGAGUAAUCGGAGGGGAGGCCCUUCUGUCGGUCAGCUACAAUACUCUCAGCCUGGAUGCGCCGGUCAUCAAGUGGCAGCUCAAGAGGGAAAAGUCUGUUACCGUCGUCCAGACGAUUGGAACAGUCAUCAUUGGGACUUUGAGGUCAGAGUAUCAAGAUCGCAUCCUGAUCUUUGAGAAUGGGACUCUGCUUCUGCACAACCUCAGACUCUCUGAUGAUGGAGUUUAUGACGUGGAGAUCUCAAUCACAGACGAUGUGUUUACAGGAGAGGGCAGCAUCACACUCACUGUGGAUGAGCCCAUAUCCAAGCCGUAUAUCCACAUGGAGGCUUCAUCGGUACUGGAGCUCAGUGAAAACAUUAUUCUCAACUGCUCCCACGACAAUGGGACCAGAACCACAUACAGGUGGUUCAAAGGUGGAAAACCCCUGAGCAAUGAGACAAGAUUUGUACUGUCGCCUGAUCAGAAGCUGCUGACCAUCACCCGAGUGCUGAUGGCAGAUGAUGACGUCUAUGUGUGCACAGUGGAGAAUCCUGUGAGCAACGUGACAAGUCAGCCUAUCAGACUCUCUGUGUACAAAAGAAGUUCUCUCUACAUCAUCCUUUCUACGGGAGGAAUCUUCCUCCUUAUCACUUUGGUGACGGUGUGCGCAUGUUGGACUCCUAAAAAAUCAAAGCAGAAACCCAGAAAGCCUUUAUCCAGGAUUUACAGCCGCUCUCGUCACACACCUCUUAAUCAAAAUGAUUACGCGCCUCCCAAAACUGCAAAGCGUAAUGGGAUUAAUGCGGUAACUUCUCUUUAUGUCCUCCAGCAAAAGGAUCCCUCCAUGGAUGACUCUUCCAGCAACAGUAUUGGAUCUCCUGAAUUUGACAACCCACCAUCCUACACCGUUUCCUCCAAGUACACAGAUUCGCUCCCCCGGGCAGCGAGGUCUCCAACGUGUGCCGUCCCUGGGUACACUUGA